CUUUGCGUUUACACCUGUGCUCACAUAUGGAAGCCAACCACGGAUGAUAAACAGGAAAACUGUAGAUACCAGAGAUGUGCUUCAUCAAAAAAUGGUUACGCAAGAAUAUCAGAGAACACGAGGAAGAGGAGGAUCGGGAUAUGAUGGAAUAAUCGCAGAAGGAGCUGCGUGAGAGACACGGCGAUCACGUCGAGUCAGAACCUGAAAAACAGCUUUCGAACUCGGCUGAAUGUUCCCUCUGCUCCCUGCACGUUUGUGUUCAAUAACUGCUCUGGUCACCCAUAGGUUCGUUUCUUCCACCUGACCAUGGCUGCUCGCACGCUGACCUCGUGGUUAGGAACCCCGGUCAUGUUUAGUACGAAGGAAACUGGAUCCACCUUAAAAACACGACAUCCUGACUGAACCAGGACAAGGCGCACAGAGCCGUCUGAUGCAUGAGAACCAUUUUCACAUCAUUUACUACAUUUUCCUGUUUUGUGUCUCUGCUCGCCGGCCGUACCCUCCCGCUGCUUAGCGAGUGUUUGACACUGUUAAUCCCGUGCUCAUCGCUCGCCUUUGUUGGCUGCUGCAGGGGUCCAACCGUGCCGCUGUGACCUCUAUUGUAGUGCGCUCAGGAGGGGAGAGGUGUUCACGCACACACACACAGACAUCUGCAGGUCAUCAUCAUCAUAGUGGGAAUAAUACCAGGGAUGGUUAUCAUAAAGGGAGGCUUUGAGCUCCCGGCCGUCUUGGGAAGAUGAUUUGGCCGGCCCGGAACAAUGAACUGUGGGAAUCCGCUUGUCCCGCAUUGAUCUUCCUCCCAUGGCAUCCCCCGCAAGGCUGUCAGAGCGCCGGAUGGAUAAAAAGAGCCACAACAUUUUUCUUUCUGUGCCUCCCGCUCCCUCCCGGUGUCUUUCUUUUCUCGCUGUCAGGAGGGCCCUCGCUGAUCAGCGGGGAUGAGCUGAAAGUUGAACUACCUGUUGACAGGACCUCUUAAACAGCCCUCAAUGACAUAUUGUGCAGAGAGGGAGGGAGAGGCUCCUGUUCACUCAGUUUGUCACAGCUCUUGUGCUGUCUGUGCUGAAGUGGAGCCGGAUCGUGUUAAUCCACUCGUGUUCUUAUGAUUCUUUCAAGUUCAAGGAGCUCUGUGGAAAACUGCUGUAUAUUAGUGUAAUGCCGAGCUGACUGGGAUCGGUGUAAACGUCACGUUCUUUUUACGCAGACGUGUCUUUGUAUUAAAAGCACCCGUCCUCUCGCGGGCUCCGGGUCCCGGCCCGCCGGCCUCGGGUGGAGCUGCGCUCGAAUCUGGCAGGUGUUCUGCGACUGUUUCUGUGUGCAGUUGAGUGCGGAGUGUUUUUGCCUCAUUACAGAAAGUAAUAAUGCGGCAAAGUCAAAGUGCGAGCGAGAGGAAGGAAAACAAGGCGGCUUUUUUAUUGGAUUAAUUAGACAUCUCGCAAAGACCACCUGCAAUAGAACAAAACACGAGCCGGGAACAAACUCAUAUGUGCAGCGCUCGAACCAAACCGUCUUUUGCCAAGAGGAUGGAAGACUCUAGUUUAUGUCUUGGUGUAUCGUCAGUGGUGCCUGACGCUGAAGCCCACCUGAGCAAUGCUGUUCUAAACGGCCGUUACCCAAUCAGUCAAAAGCUUCACCAGCUCACUGCCCAGUUAGGACACGCCUUUCCCGACCUGCACCGCCCACAGCAGAUUCCCGAAGAGAAGGCGGCCACGCCGUUGGAUGAGAAGACACACCACGCAGCCCUGGCCAGUCAACCAAUCAGCAGCCAGAUGGCUCUACUAGCCAAUCAGCUCAAUCGAGACAUAGACGCAGGGGCACUGAGUGGGUUAAACGGGCGUGUCGACCUGCAGCAGUUUCUCAAUGGGCAGAACUUGGGCAUCAUGUCCCAGAUGAAUGAUAUCGAAGAUGAUGCUCGCAAGAACAGGAAGUACCCGUGCCCACUGUGUGGCAAGCGCUUCCGUUUCAACAGCAUCCUGUCUCUGCACAUGCGCACACACACGGGAGAGAAGCCAUUCAAGUGCCCCUACUGUGACCACAGAGCGGCUCAAAAGGGCAACCUGAAGAUCCAUCUCCGCACCCACAAACUGGGGAACCUGGGAAAAGGCCGUGGCCGAGUUCGAGAAGAGAACCGGCUGCUGCACGAGCUCGAGGAGAGGGCCAUCCUGAGAGACAAGCAGAUGAGAGGGAGUGGCAGUCUCCUCCAGACCGCUCAGACGCCACAUCUGGGCCCCAACAGCAGCUCAAACACCCAUCAACAGCAGUUAGGGUCAACCUGCGCCCCCACCCAUUCCUCCGGGCUCGCCACUCCAGACACAGUUUCUCAGCCGUCUUCCUCACCCAAGCCGGCCGGCGCUCAGGACGACCAGUCUCUGAACCCUACUGUGGGCUUCCGCUGCACCUUCUGCAAAGGGAAGUUCAAGAAGCGCGAGGAGCUGGACCGUCACAUCCGCAUUCUCCACAAGCCCUACAAAUGCACUCUGUGCGAGUUCGCUGCCUCCCACGAAGAAGAGCUGAUAAGCCAUGUGGAAAAGGCCCACAUCACAGCUGAGACCACGCAGGGCCAGGGUUCUGGUGGCUCCGGGGGCAUGCAGAUGGCCACCGAGUUUCGCUGCGAGGUCUGCGGCCAGGUGUUCAGCCAAGCCUGGUUCCUCAAGGGCCACAUGAGAAAGCACAAGGAGUCCUUUGAACACUGCUGUCAAAUCUGUGGCCGUCGCUUUAAGGAACCCUGGUUCCUCAAGAACCACAUGAAGGUGCAUCUGAACAAGCUGGCCAUCAAGAACAAGCCACCCCAGCCCAGUGAGCAGGACAUGGCCGCCGUCAACAGCAUGAGCAAUCUGGCUCAGGAAGCCCAUGCCAACCUUUAUUCCCGCUACAUCUCCUGUCUUCAGGGAGGCUUCCUUUCACCAGACAAGCAGGGCCUCAGCGAGCAGCACCAGAUGUUGGCUAAAGCGGGGAUAGCCAUGAAGGAAAAGGAGAUGUUAGGAAAGCUGCUUGGACCCAUGGCAGGUGCAAUAGGCCACGGGCUAGGUGAAAACGAGAAGCGCUCACUCCUUGGCUGUCUCAACCUCGUUCCACCGCUCAAGUCGAGCUGCAUGGAGCGCCUCCAGGCGGCUGCAAAGGUGGCAGAGAUGGACUCGAUCAAUAGCUACCAAGCCUGGCAGAUAAUGGCUCGUGGAAUGGCUAUGGACAGGGCUUUCAUGCCCAAGGAUCAGCAGCAGCAGCACCAUAUAACGCCGGGGCAGGAAGAUGAGAUGGCUGGUGCGGGCUCCUUGGCUUCCUUCUCAAAGGAGAAACAAGACUACUCCUUGAUUGCUUCCGGUGAUAGCUCCAAGCAGAAGCAGCUCUCCGAGGCCCUGCAGGGAUCCAAGGCUUCCAGUGGAGCAGUGAUGUCCAUGAAGGAGGAUGGAAGAGGCUUUGACGGUCACCGUGAUCUCAUGUCCCACCACGGUAGUGCUGAGGCUCCUGGAGCCCUGGCUGGCUUGGGAAGCCCAAACAUUGACUACAGCCUCUCCGGCCUGUCCGGCCUGAAGGAGAAGCCUUCAGAGUGCCCAGACUGCGGACGUGUCUUCAGAACCUACCAUCAAAUGGUCGUCCACUCGCGAAUCCACGGUAAAGACAGGCGAGGCAUUGACGAGGCACUUCAGCAAGGACUGGAUGAACGCCGUGGAUCGGCCAGUGACCCCGAGUCCCAGUCCAUCAGCCGCUCCACCACUCCCGGUUCAUCCAAUGUGACAGAGGAGAGUGGCGUUGGCGGGGGACAUUCCCAGACAGGAAGCAUCCAGGACGACAGCCCCCAUCCCUCCUCACCAUCUUCAGAUGUUGGCGAGGACUUGGUGAAGACAGCGGGGAGCAUCCAGCCGCCUCUGCCCCAGCAUCGAGAGCGCUCCCUGGGCUCGUCCUCCAAGGACUGCCCUUACUGCGGCAAGUCCUUCCGCACCUCCCAUCACCUGAAGGUCCACCUGCGGAUACACACAGGAGAGAAACCCUACCGCUGCCCUCAUUGUGACUACGCCGGCACCCAGUCUGCCAGUCUCAAGUACCACCUGGAGCGCCACCACCGCGAACGUCAGAACGGCUCCACCACGUCAGGCUCCUCCUCUGGCCACACCCCUUCUUCUGACCACAAAGAGGAUCAUGGGAAGACGGGCGGAGGCAUCUUUGCCCGACCGGACGUCCUCCGUAAUGUUUUCAAAAGCAUGCCCCCCAACCUGGACUUCAGAGCAGGGCCGCUGCUGCCGCAUCAGUGGGCAUCGGCUCCCAUCGUGUCCUCUCACAACCGGGAUCGUGACUGUGGGGACCGCCGCUUUGACUCCGCCUCUUCAGCUGAGAACACGAAGACUGCCGAUGGACCUUCCACCAUAGUCUCCGCGGAUGGCGCCGCCAGCUUCUCUGACCUAAGCCGGGCUUACCAAAGCAUGAUGGGAAACGGAGUCCACUUUCAGGGUUCUCUCCAGGCUUUCAUGGACAACUUUGUCCUCAGCUCCAUGAAGAAGGAUGUGAAGGACAGCCAGAGUCCAGCCCAGCUCCAGGCCCAGCGCUACCAUGACAACGGCGAGCCCAAAGCCAAGAGGGCCGCCUCCGGGGAGCAGGACAGAGAGGAGAAGCCUGAACCCAAACAAAACUCAGAGCCGGGCAAACCCGGGUCCCAGUACGAACCGCUCGAUCUGUCUGUGUCGGUCCGACCCGAGUCUGCAUCCGGAUCACUCCCUGGCACCUCCGUCACCAUUCACGAUAACGUGGCGUGGCACGGAUGCCUCUUCUGCUCCUUCUCCACUUCCUCAUUGGAGCUCAUGGCUCUGCACCUCCAGGCCAACCACCUGGGCAAAGCCCCUCUGCAGCACGCCGACGCAGGCAAGGACGCUCACCGAGAGGGUUCUCCGACCACCUCCACCCUUCACUCCUCCAACACCAAGGCCUCGGGCGUGGCCCCGGAGAGAGAUGGAGACAGAGAUGGAGAAAAAGGCCAGGGAGGCUGGAAUAACCACAUGGAGCAGCCAUAUAACCCCUUCCAGAGUGAAUUCUACAGAAGGUUUGGCGGCUUGUAUGAUGGAUCCCCAAGAGUCAGUCAGGGCAUUCAGGGGUACAUAGCCCAAGCAGACCACGGUCUGGACCUGCCCAGCCAGGUCUUCGGGGGGGCCUCUUCAGCCGGCCCUGACCAGAUGGGCGACAGGGGCUCCUGUGGAGAUGCUGAAGAUGACCAAGUUGGAUCUGAAGACGAGGCUGGAAAAACCGGCGUGCGCAGCACCAACGAGACCCCGUCGACCACACCCAAGAGACGGCAGCAAAACCACUCUGACGAAGACGAGGAGGAGGUAGGAGUGGCUGAAGAAGAGGAGGAAAGAGACGAGGAUGGGCAGAUGGACGUGGACAGAGAGGAAGAAGGAAGUCCCAAACAGCUCCAAGAUGAUUCCUCUCUGCCCCUGAGGAGCGGAGCGGCCAUGGCGACACCGUCCUCCGCCAUGACUCCACUUUCUCUGAUUCCUCCGCCCCAGAACCAGACUCUGCCGCUGGAGAAACAGUGGCAGCAGGGCUUGGGCCUCCUAACCCCCGGAGGUCCACCAGGACUGUUGAAGGCGGAGCAGCAGACCCACCUGGAGCAGCAGAUGAACAUGCUGUCUGUCCUGAGAGCCUACAGCAACGACACCCUCCCUGCAUUCAACGGCCUGGGCGGCGGAGCGGGCGGGGCGCCCCCGGGGGGCAUGAAGAGGUCGGACGCACCUGGCCGCAGACCGUUCAGGUGCAGUUACUGCCCCUACAGCGCCUCGCAGAAGGGCAACCUGAAGACUCACGUGCUAUGCGUGCACCGCAUGCCCUUUGACAACAGCCGCUACCCCGACAGACGCUUCAAACGUUCCCGCCCUGACCGUGACGCCCCGGAGAACAGCUCUGAUGAUGUCACAUCGAACAACUCUAUGACGGGAGUGGACCGUGUGACACAUGAGCGGGAGUGACGGCGCUCUACAGACAGACCGGUCUGCACAAAGUAACCGUGUGUGUUAUUAGACGCCUGUGAACACUUACUAGGAAAACACGAUUAAUCAGCAGUGAACACACUUCCUGUAAAAACACACUUCCUGUAGUGGAGGAGGACACCCAGAGCAGAACGCAACACGCCGACCGAUAAUGGGGAUGAUGGCGUGUGCGUGGAGGGGGCAUUGAUACCAGCCUGACUGCUGCUGUCAUCGCAGAGGAAAUAAUUCAGAGGUAACCGGACGCUGGACGCUACGCCGAGGGAUCCCAUCAGCUGACCUGAGCCCCUCCCACACACACACUUCUGCAUCCUUCCCUUCACUCUCCCUCAAACACAACACAAAUCAAUCAGUGGCUUAUUUACAGCAUCCAUUAGCCAACAUCAAGGCUGGAGGUCACCUUACCACACCAGCGAAGGACCAAGACAGUUUCAGUUUUGGACUCUGAUCAGUGCUGGGGGUCUGAGAUAAUGGUUAUGUCUCUGAUUAGGAUUGUUCUCCAAGCCGUCACUCUGUUUGAACGGGUCUCACUGUGUCUCUGGAUAUGAGUCCUUAGAGGGGAAAGCUGACGUCGUGAAGUCAAACGUCAUUCUUUCAUUUUUUUACGAGUAAAACAGGAAAUGAGCCUUUGUUGUUCUUCACUGUGCCGGCAGCUGUCGGUGACUGUCGGCCAAGGAGGAGAAGGAAAGCGUGGCGCUCGCUGUCACGGCGGCGGCUUUGGGUUCUUAAUGUUUUUCUGAUAAAGAGAAAUGAUCGGGACUUUUACACAAUCAGUAUCUCCCAAACACACACGCACACACACACGGUGUGGAGGGCUCAACCCCAGGGUCCUAGUGCCCAUGGUGUUUACACUACACACACACACACACACACACACACACACACACACACACACAGGACAUUACAUUCAUUCAAACUCAGUCACAUGACUCCCAAAACGAGCUUUGAGGGAAAAGGAACUGAAGCAUUCGCUGAUCUUAUUGUGCUGAUCACAAAGUGCGGCGCCAAGUUGUGCCUCGCCGCGGCACCUUUGAAGGUCAUUGCUCUCCAUUUGCAGUUCUCAGUUUUCACAGUGUCAUUUCCACCCGGCGAGGAAUUUGUGAGUCUUCGCAGUCAUGUCGGCGUCAUCUGUGCUGCGAAGGGUUUUUAUCACAGCACCAUACAAGUUUCACGCUUAUGACUGCGAGCACGUUUCCCUCACAGCCAGUGGUUGCUCACUGGUCUGUAGGCCCGACCAUAAACCGAUUCAUGUUACAGGUGAUCUGUGUCGCCAGGAAUGAAGAUAGGUUUACAGUGUGGCACACACAUGCAGACACACACAUGCAGACACACAGUGUGUGUGAUGAAGCAGGAGAGAGAAAAAGGAUGUGACAGAAGUUGAACACUGAUGUGAUGCAGGUGUAACUCCGCCUCCUCGGCCCGGCAGAAAGUCUUAGUUCUUCUUCUUUUGUUGUUAUCGAGCAGGACGUCAGCCGUCACUGCCCUCCAACCGAGAGCCACGUAACGUUCCCGUGAUGUAGUCUGAGCUUUAGGUUUCUGUACAUUACUCUGUCCUUGGUGGCUGUAGCUUUGUACACGUGUAUGUGCUAAACAUUUAUAUCCAUACACAUUUAUAUUAACAUAAAGUCAGCAGGGGAAAAGACGUUUGUAAAGAGUUUACAUUCCAGUUUCUGGCUGGAGUUCUCGGGCUUUUUGCGAAUCGGAACAUUUUCAUCAUGUUCAGAUGAGGCAAUCAUUUCUGGUUUCAGACACUGGAAAAUGCCAUUUGUUGUCAUCCCUCUGUGACUUAUACUCUUUGUCCACGCCUGAGAAAGAUACGCCAUUUUCCUCUCAGCUGUAAUCCUAAAAUAAUCCAUUCCAUUGUCCCCGUGCUGUUUCAUCUCUGUCAAGCUUCUUAUUUAAGUAGCACAUGCAGUUUUGCUCACUUAUAAUCGCCGGUGCUAGAGGAGAAAAAAGAUGAACCCAUUAUAUCCCCCGCAGCUCUGUAGUGUCCACGUUCCUGAAGGAAGAAGAGCUCUUUAGCCCAGAGGAGGCGAUGUGAGGAGAGGGGGUUUGUUGCAAACCAUGAGCUUAUACUCACAGUAGAUAUGUCUGCAUUUAAGAAACAGAUAUUUAUUCUUGCACAUCUGUCAGAGAGAAGAUGAAACUC